AUGGCAUACGACGGCCUGGACCCCGUAAGGAAUAAUAUCAUAGAUCUUCUACUUUUGAAUCGGAAGACUAUCGUGAAUGAGCGAGACCAGAGGGGCCGCUCGGUACUGUGGCACGCAGAAAACACUGGCAACAAAAGACUGAUCCUUCAACUGGCUCAGCUGCCGGAUCUGGAGUCCGAAAUUCCCGACAAUGAUGUGGAUACCCUCUCCUUACUUCUAUCUGAUGGUCCAUUCAAUCUCGACGGGCGCGACACGCUAAGUUCUGCCCCUAACGUGAACUUUACCCGACCGGCGGUUCCUCCUCUGAUCCCUGAGACACUCCAACACGUUAGCCCUAUUAAACAGAAGAUCUAUAUCCUCUGGACAGAGAUGGUGAAUGAUGAUUUUAUUACAUGGUGGCUACAGACCGAGUUUGGAAGUCAAAUGAAACGGAAUAUUUUCGAUGUUAAGCACCAGUCAGGGUGUUGGGAUCACUUUGAACAGGUUGCAGCUCCUCAAGAUGGAACUCCUAAGGUUAUGUGUAAGACCUGUAACCAUAUCCUGGCUCAUCCUGCCGAUCGCCACCGGGGAACAACCCAUAUGAACAAGCACUACACACAAGGGGUUAAUUGUCGGAAGCUAGCGCCUCGGUCGCAAGAUAUUAGACAGAUGAUAUCAAACGGGGUAUACCACACACCCCAAAGAUUGCAUUUUACCCAGCAAGCCUGGAUGGAGAGGUUGAUUACAUUUAUUACUGCCUCACGGUUACCAUUCCUCCUUGUUGAGCAUCCUGAAUUCCGUGCCCUAAUAGAAAUGGCAUGGCUUGCUCCGUCUAUGCCCGGAAUCCCUUCCGCGUUCACAGUCCGCCGGCAUCUCCGAGAGAUAGUGGAACAACGCCAGUAUACUCUUCUUCGCAAGCUCCCUCAGGGCGCAAAGCUCUCUGUUGCAUUAGAUUGCUGGACUUCCCCUUUUCGACAGUCUUUCAUAGCGGUAACGGGCUACUUUCUUGACCAAGAGUGGAACUACCGUGAGAUUUUACUUGGCUUUGAGCCACUGUAUGGGUCGCAUACGGGGGCCUAUCUAAGUACCGUUCUCCUGAAUCUUCUUGAGAAGCAUGAGAUUACUAACCGGGUGUUAACUAUCACUACUGAUAACGCGUCUAACAACAGCACGUUGCUAGAUAGUCUUCAAGAGGCCGUUGGAUGUCUAGAGCUACCUAGCCAUAUCCCGAUUGUUCGGAUACCCUGUAUCGCGCAUGUUACACAGCUUAGUCUGAAAGAGCUACUUAGUCAGAUGGAUGCAAACCCACGGAACGAUCGGGAAGAGAUGGAAUGGGCCGAUGAAGGGACUGAUACUAUCACCGGGGCUCGCCAAGAGAACACGAAGAUCGUGGCUACUCUUAACAAGGUUCGCAAGGUUGCCGUUUACAUCAACAAAAGUCCACAACGUCGCGAGAGUUUUGUGAAACUUCAGACGAAAGAGCCAAAGCUUAUGCCAAUCCAAGAUGUUCGGACGCGCUGGAAUUCAACGUUCCUAAUGCUCCGACGUGCCCGGCGGCUACAGUCUGCCUUUGAUACAUUCUGUGCCGAAUUCAACCUUACCGACAUAAAGAUGGAUAAAGAUGAAUGGCGACAGGUUGAUUAUCUUCUCUCAAUUACCUAUCCCUUCUUUAAAUUCACUUCAUCUCUCUCAGCAACUACGGAUGUUACUAUUCACAAUGUCUUCGGUAUCUACAACACCUUAUUUACUCAUAUUAAUAAGGCAAAAGCCCAGCUAGCGCGGAAGAGGGUUGGUUGGAAAAAGGUGAUGAAGUCGGCGCUAGAUUAUGCACGGGAUAAGCUGGCCGAGUAUUAUGGGAAAACUGAUGAUGUUCCUGGCGAUCUCUAUGUAAUUGCCACUAUCCUAGGGCCGAGGAAUAAGCUAGCAUUCUUCUCAGGGAAGGAUUGGGAGCCUCACUGGGCGCCACGCUACAGGAAGUCCCUAGAGACUUACAUUCAACCUUACCAAGAGCGCUAUAAACGGUCUCCGUCAACCGUCCAGUCCAUGAGAAACGAUAUAUCUGACAUUAAUAUCCUUGUGACACCUAUCGAAUCUCUUCAGUCUGAAACAACUGCUACAGAUGAGCUCACGCGGUAUCUUGGAAGUAGUACUAUACAUGCAACUCCUCUAGUGUACUGGAAGGAACACGAAAAGGAAUUUCCUAUUCUAGCAAGCCUCGCCCGAGACAUCCUCACUAUUCUAGCUAGUGGUUCUAGCGUUAAGCGGUUAUUUAACUCUGCCCGCGAUAUCUGUCACUACCGACAGGGCUCGCUGAAGCCACAGACGAUCCAAGAUUUGAUGAUGUUUAUGUGUACAGCAAGAUUUGAUGUCGAAUCAGAACAGCUUGCUUGGAUUGAUGAGUACCUUUCUACACAAGAAAAGCAAGCAGAGAAUGAGCGAAAGGAUGCGGAGAGGAAGAAAAACGAAGGAUUUGAUUCGAUCAGUGAUAACGAGGAAGAUUCUCUUACUAUUGAAGACAUUCAAGCCACGCAAUAUUCUACUACGUCUGUCAGUGAGCGUACACUUGGGAAGAGAAGAGCCGAGUUCAUAUCCGAUAGUCUUAUCCAACUGGAUGAUACUAAUGAGGUUCCUCUACCUGAUAAUAACUACUUAUUAGAGGAAAGUAGCACCCAGCGGCGUUCAUCUGGGCGCGUUCCAAAGCGCUCAAGACGGGAUGAGGAUUAUGUAUAUAACUAG